CAAGCAACAAGCGGAAAGCGGAAAUAGCGUCUUUAAUGCAGUUAAUAUUUCUCGUUUAUUAACAAAAACAGUGGCUACGAACAAUAUUAGCAACAAGAUCAUUGAUGUAAUCGUCUGAACUGAACGGUCUGAUGCGGGGGACGGCACUUUUCUCUCAAGUUUCUCCAUGCGCGCGCGCACACGCGCACUGUGCAACUUGCCGUUCGGUAAAACGAGCGUCUCUACGAUUCGUUUCACAUCGUUAUCGAUUCUAACAGGACUCUUUACUGUGUACACACAAUCUACAUUUUGUAAUUAACAGUGAACUAUUUUUUUUAUUAAAUUAAACUUUGUGCCUGUGGCCUGGAGUUAAUAGAAAGUUAUUUAUAAUCAAAGUGAAUAAACGAAUAAACCGUAUAUUUACAAGUUGUGCGCCGGUGACGACGGAAUAGCUGUAAGAUACCAGCUGUCAUUAAAAGAACUAAAUUUAAUACUAUUCUGCUUUGGAUUAUAUUGUUUUUUAUUUAUAGGUGCUUGUGAAUGCCGGGCCGCAUGGAUGGCGACGCACACCUGGCGUUCGCUCGCCGUACUCCUGGCGGCCGCCACGCUUGUGCUUGCUAAAUAUGCAGAGCUGCAGCCAUGGCGUGGCGCAGGACUGCCGGUGUCGCCGGCGCAGGAGGCGGAGGAUGAGCGCCAUGACGCCGAACUGCUCGCCGCAGUCAAGACGUCAAUGCAGCAGUGGGAACAGAAGCGAUCCCGUACUAGGAGUAAAAGAUCACAAGGCAGCGUCUGCUAUGGAGAGUUCGGGUGCUUUGAGGACGCAGGUCCAUUCGCCUAUCUCGAGACAUUACCCAGCCCUCCGCAAGAAGUCGGCACACACUUCCUCUUGUAUUCCACUGUCAACAGAGGAGAUCAACCUCUACUGGCAGUGUCUGCCAGUAACAUGUCAGCGGCAUGGGGGUGGGCAGCGCGAGCGUUCGACUCCUCGCGACCCACACGCAUCAUAGUACAUGGAUUCGGUUCCAACUGUGACAAUGUUUGGGUGUACGAGAUGCGUUCUGCUUUGAUGGCUGUUGAGGAAUGCAAUGUAGUGUGCGUAGACUGGGAAGGCGGCGCGUCCAUGCCCAAUUACCUUCGAGCCGCCGCUAACACGCGACUCGUGGGCAAGCAGCUGGCAAUGCUGCUACAAGGUUUAGCAAAGCAUAUUGAUCUACGAUUCGAAGACGUUCAUUUAAUCGGGUUUAGUCUGGGCGCGCACGUCGCUGGCUUCGCAGGCUCUGAACUGCGAAACAUAAGUCGCAUUACAGGUCUAGACCCAGCAGGUCCGCUAUUCGAGUUCCAGGAUCCGCGAGCUCGGCUGGACCGCAGCGACGCCAAAUUCGUAGACGUAAUCCACUCGAACGGCGAAACCCUCAUACUGGGCGGACUGGGUGCCGCGCAGCCGCUGGGUCACGUUGACUUCUAUCCAAACGGCGGUAGAGUUCAACACGGCUGUUCUAACUUGUUCGUGGGCGCGGUGUCGGACCUAGUGCUGCCGUGGGCGGCGCCGUCUCCGGAGGGCCGCUCGUUGUGCAACCACCGCCGCGCCUACAAGUUCUUCACAGACUCAGUCUCACCUAAAUGUCACUUCCCUGCCUUCCCUUGUGCUAAUUACGACACUUUCUUAGAGGGUCGUUGCUUCCCGUGCGAUUCGCAACGUCGUUGCGGCAACAUGGGCUACUACGCGGACCGCUCACUAGGACGCGGCCAACUUUAUUUACUUACUAGGGAAGAGGAACCAUUUUGUGCGCACCAAUAUUACGUAUCGGUAUGGGCGGGCAGCGAGACCGGCGAGAAGGUGAACUACGGCCGGGUGACGCUCACGCUGCACGGGGAUACAGGCCUCAACGAGUCGUUCCCUAUGACCAAGCGCGAGGAGAGGAGCGCCAGCGGCGCUGGAGGUACGGGCGCGGGCGUAUCGCACGCUCGGUUUACGCGCGUACUGGUGCCGCACCCCGCGCUGGGCGUGCCGCUGCGAGCGUCCAUACAUUACGCCGCUUACUCGGGCUGGCUCAGCGCUGGCGCCAACGCCAUACUGCUCGACAAGCUACUCAUUGCCGACAGCUUCGCCAAGACAUCCUCAUUCUGUAAAAAAGGAAUGCUCCUUCAUUCUGACGAGUCUAUCGAACUACCGCUCUAUCCAGGAGAUUGCCAAAUACAAGAGGACGUCGACUCAUCCAACGUGACAGGUAGUGACAUUAUUCAAGAGAAUAUAACAAGCAAAGCAGUAAUAGACCCUCUCGACAAUGAGCUGCCGGAAGAUAUACCACAGAGGCCUUUCGCCCUAGUCGAUACUUACGAAUUCACUGGCGAAGCUGACAGCGGUCGGGCCUUCGGGAUGACCAACACAAAAAUUGCUGCGAGUGGACUCGUCGAAAUCGCCGAGCCAGUUUUAAAGCCGCGACCCCGUAAAACACCACGACAGAGAGCAGAUUCCACCGACGACUUUCCUGAAAUAUCGGAGCCUCUGCUGAGAGCGACCCAAUCUCCCCGGCCGAUUACUCCCCAACCCCCGUUAAGAAAAGGAAAGAACUACGACAUGUCCACAACCCCAACUUACGAAGCUAUGCCGUUAGGCGACGCAGCUGAGAAGGAAGAAUCCAGUUUCGCUGUUCAGUUUCUCCCAGCCCGACUAGCGUCGUUUAUUUCGAGGGCUGAACGGUACGCACGCGAUACUCUCUUGCCAUUGGUUUCAGCAUAUGCUCCUCGAUUGCCCAUUUUUGGACCUAGAGAAGUGCCCAAACCGACUGCGAGGUACAUACCUAUGGAGGACUUGAACGUUACAAGUUCGGUACCUGUACCGACUCCUACAUUGGAAAUGAAAAUAGAAUCGCUCCGAGCAGUAGGACCACCUGGAGAAAAAAGGAAUAUCGAGUCCCCUGAGGAUCCAGAUGUUCCUAUGGUGAUAUCAACUACGACUACAACCACUACUACUACUACUACAACACCGUUAACGACAACUAUAGAACUUCGAGCGGCUCCAACGGAAAUGUUAAAGGUGGUGAAUGGGCCUGUUGCGUCAACUAGCACUGCUUUACCACCAAUAGCUUUGAGAAGUGAGGGUGAGAAAAUUGUAAUAGUAUACCCGAGCAACGCUAGGGACGAACGGAAAAUCCGAUCGCAUUCAUACCCAGAGGAGUUGCAAUUCGAAGCGUUAUACCAGCACACCGCAUCACCAUCAGCGGUGAGGGUGGAUCUGCCUACAUUCAGUCCGCCCACGACGACAGCUGCGCCUACUUCCACGCCAGCUAAACACGCCUCUGAUUCUAGAUAUAUACCAGUACCAUAUCAGAAGUCCGAUGAUAAAUUAAAAGAAUCAGAUUCUUACCCUACAUGAAAGAUUAUUAGAGAUUUUAUUAGCUUUUUUUUCGAAUUUCCAUUUUGCAUGGUGUAAAUAAAGCAAAGAUGAUCAUAUAAGUAAAUUACAGAUUACUCUUAUAUUUAACAUACAUUUAACUAUGCUUCUGUGAUCUGUAGUAGUUAUUUCGAUGUUGCAUCAUUAAUGAGUAGUAAAAAAAUAUAUUAGUAAAUUAUUCUCCGUCCAGGCCGUCCAGUGUACAGAUACCUAAGUCGUAACGUUGGUAAUUUUUAAAACUAAUGUUGUGUAAAUAAAUUUAGUUUUUAAAUAAAUUUAGGAUAGGAUAUAAAUUUUGUAAAAUAAAAUAUUUAUUAUGUCAUAUUCUUAUUUAUUUAUUAACUUAACACGUUUUUCGGCACAAA